AUGUCUUUGUUAACCAGCAACAGUCACUCAAUGUCAGAGGAGGAGGUUGAUGAAUAUUCCGAUGGCACCGUCAAAUUGCGUAACCCCAACAUUGAACUCAUGGAUCAAGAUAUUCUAUAUCAUUUGGCCUUGGGCAGUGAAUCUCACGAUUUGAAUGAAAUGUUCGGUGAUGUUAAGUUCGUUUGCAUGGGCGGGACACCAAAGCGUAUGGAGAACUUUGCACAUUUCAUUAUGAAUGAGAUCGGCUACAAAUUACCUGCAGGCACGAUGUUGCAGGACAUCAGCGCCUACUCGUAUCGGUAUUCGAUGUACAAAGUUGGGCCAGUGCUUUGUGUCAGUCACGGCAUGGGAACGCCCUCUGUUAGCAUUCUGAUGCACGAAAUGAUCAAACUGAUGUAUCAUGCCAAGUGCCAUGACCCCAUCUUUAUACGAAUUGGCACUUGUGGUGGCAUUGGUGUAGAGGGUGGCACUGUCAUCAUCACCGAGGAUGCCCUCGAUGGGCAGUUGAGAAAUUCGCAUGAGUUUACCAUUUUGGGUAAAACCGUACAUCGUCCCGCCAAAUUGGAUAAGAAAUUGGCCCGUGAACUUAAGGCCCUGGCCAGUCCCGAUGAUCCCUAUGACACCAUUAUUGGCAAGACAUUGUGUACCAAUGAUUUCUAUGAAGGUCAAGGCCGCUUGGAUGGCGCAUUCUGUGAUUUUACCGAAGCCGAUAAAAUGGCCUAUUUACAAACGCUGGCGGACAACGGUGUUGUCAACAUCGAAAUGGAGAGUACCAUUUUUGCUGCCCUUACAUAUCAUGCUGGCAUUAAGGCUGCCGUUGUCUGUGUGGCCUUGCUGAAUCGUCUCAACGGUGAUCAGGUCAAUGCCCCCAAAGAAGUGAUGAACGAAUGGCAGGCGCGUCCACAAAUUCUGGUGGCGCGAUAUAUACGCAAAGUAUUAGCCCAAAAGGGCCAGCUGAAGAGUCUGUUCAAUGCUCAAGGAUCGAUUAAAUCGCCCAGACGUUUUAAGCUGGUGCAGCAGGAAUCUCAGGCCCAUGAAUAGAGG